UCUUCCAAGACCAGAGACACAUAGUACCUCAGUUCACAGUAGAAAUAUACAAACUCCUGACUUCACCCCGGCCUGCUCUCACAAACACCUCGCAGAACAAACACUACCAGCUGUCCAUCACCCGCCUGACAGUCUGAUGAACCUAACAUCUGAGCGACACAUAACACAUGUCCUCACCAGCUGCUUAUAUCAGCCAGCAGGGCGGAGCGUCGAGAGUCUGUAUGCAUGAGACACGCUCACAACUUUCCAGAGGCCUUGAGCAUCAGAGGAGGCAAGAGCCCUGACCAGGCCAGUGUCUGCAACCAAGUACCAGGAGUCACGGAGGUAAAGGAGGAGAUACAUACAAGAGAAGAGGGAGACGAAUACGUCCCAUUCUUUUCUUUUUUGAGAUACUGAUCAGAAAGUCAAGCUGGCGGCAGAUGAGACAAAGAGCUUGUCGGAGGAAGGAGAGGCCACCAGAGGGUCGGGCGGCCCAGCGGACGGGAAGUUUCCCGGACCCCGUGGCAGGAUGGUGCGCGUCGAACUGGAGUGGGACGUCCCCAUGUCGGUGACACUGCCCAUCCAGGUGCAACCGGACGCCGCCCAUCAGCCCUUCCCCUUCCUGGACACGACACUGGCCGACCUGGGCAUCGAAGAGUCAGAGGUGAAGGAGAGGGUGGUGUGGGUGGACACCAAAAAGACGCAGGUGAAGAACAAAGCAGGGAAGGUGAAGGAGAAGGAGAUCACGAUCCUCGAGGUACGAGUGAAAGCCCAGAAGCCCGGAGACAAGGAGCUGCAGGAGGUGCUGUACAGCACCGAGGCCCACACCGACCGCUCCUUCUGUCGCACCGGGAUGAACAUCCUGCCCUGGAAACAGAGAUGGGAGGACGGAUUGUCGCCAGUGCAUACGACGAUGGCGUUGGACAUGGAACAUGAGCAGCCUGACUCGACUGAGGCUGAUGGACAGCGGGAGAUCUGAGGAGACAAAAAAAACCCCACAAAGAGUCGCCAUCGCCAUUUUAAUGUGAAUCCCAGAGCUGCCCUGUUUGGUUCGUGUUUAUGAUAAGAUUUGUUCAACUAAUCAAUGGCAAAACGUUUUAACUCCAUUUUAGUUCCAAAAGGCAAGUUGGCAUCCGUUGAUAGGAUUCUACACCAGGGCAAGGUGGCAUGGCUUAGUAAUAACUGCAAGGCAACAUUUGUCAGGUUUGAAGGAUUGUGCUAAAUUUGUUGUAACAUUUGUAAAAAAUAUAAUAAAAAAAAUAAGUAAGUAAUAACAAACUCUUGCUCCUGUCAAAUGUGUUGCAGGAAACCAUUAAAUAGUUUUGUACUAAAUAUAGAAUCACCACCUUGCUUCUUGCCUGUGUCCAAACUCAUAAUAUAUAUGUAGUAAUGUUUUUACGUCAAGACAAUAAAACUGAUUAUGACAGAA